AUGUUUUGUGCUUUUGUGUCUUCAAAUUGGGGUCUUCUGAUCUUACUGUUGUUUGUGAACAGCCAGCAAACUUUCGCUAAACCAGCAAAGAGACUUGCAGGUUAUGUCUCGGUGCCUAAUCAAACCCAACAUUGCAAUAAUGUGUAUUUCUACGAGGCGCCCAACGAGAAGAUUGCUACAAUGCUGAAAGAAAUAAAGGAACAACUCACUCAAGUACAGACUGACAUCAAUAUUCUAAAAGGAAACAAGACUAAUGAGAAAGGUAUGAUAUAUUCCUAGCGGUCAGGUGCCUAGACCAACUAAUUAAGUGCAAUUCAGUCCUUGGGAUUUUUUUCGUGUUAUCAUGAUGAUCGUAAGAGUUUUUAAUAAUUCGAUAAACAGGAAAUCGCAUGAUCACCACUUAUUUAUCUUUAAAACAGAUUUCAUAACUCGAACCUGUACGUCAGGUUUUUGGGCUGUUGAUAGAAAGGCUAGAGCUUCGACUCAACGCACUUCCUCCUGUGGUGUGACUGAAGGAAGGAAUUCUUGA